AGGUCGUGCACGGCUGGGGGGCUGUUCUGGUGAGCUCAAAGGGGCUUUAGAGGCGGAGGAGAGAGAUCGGCGGGGCUGCAUUGCAGGACCCCAAGUGGACAGGCAGCGGGGGGAGAGCCUUCCUUCCUGCCCUGCUCCCCCCCGCGCGUCCCUCCUCCUGCAUCAGAGAGAGCCGCUUUGUGCAAAGCCGAAGAAAUCCAACAGCAGCAGGAGGACCCCCUUGAUGGCUUCUCCACCAUCUUCUCCAUGUGGUGAAGCAAAAAGAGCCGCCAUGCAGCCUGCUCAGAGUGACAUGUCCUUUGAAGAGGUGGCUGUGUAUUUCUCCCAGGGGGAGUGGGUCCUGCUGCGCCCAGCCCAGAGGGCUCUCUACAAGGAAGUCAUGCUGGAGAAUUUUGGGAACGUGGCCUCUCUGGUGAAAGGACCUCCAAUGGCCAAGCCUGACCUCAUAUGCUGGCUGGAAGAGGAGAAUGAGGAGUUUCCCCAGGGCUGUGUCAAAGAGGAGGGAAUGGCAGGAAAUAUGUGGGAAUCAGUGCAAGAAAAGAAAGAACAAAUCGUGGUGGAGACAAGACAGACAUAUUCAGAUAUAAAUGAGAAUUUUGAGAAUGGUAAUACCCUGAGAAAGCAGGAGGGGAAACACCCAUGUAGUACUUCUUUUCUUUUAAAAGAUGAUGACUCUCAUGAAAUUCUACUACUUCCAAAAAUAUACAAAGAAGAGAAUAGGAACAUGCACCCUGAAAGCAACAAAAAAACCCCUGACAGAUCAGACAUUCCUGUCUAUUGGAACACCCAUAACAUAAAGAAAAUGCAUAAAAGCCUGAAGUGUGGUAAAAUCUUUGGGCAGAAAUAUAACCUAACUUCCCACAAAAGAAUUCUUACAAGGGAGAAGCCAUAUGAAUUCUUAGAGUGUGGGGAAAGUUUUGCUCAGAGUCAAAGAUUACACACAGUGGAGAAACCAUAUAAAUGCAUGGACUGUGGGAAAACAUUCAGUCAAAGUGGAAGCCUUACUUGCCAUCAAAGAAUUCACACAGGGGAGAAGAAAUAUAAAUGUAAUGUAUGUGGUAAAAGCUUCAGUCGCAGUAGGAGCCUUGGUUUCCAUCUAAGAAUUCACACAGGGGAGAAACCAUAUAAAUGCCUGGAGUGUGGAAAAAGCUUCAACAAUAGUGGAAACCUUACACGCCAUCAACGAAUGCACACAGGGCAGAGACCGUAUAAAUGCCUGGAGUGUGGAAAAAGUUUCCGUCGGAGAGGACACCUUACUCGCCAUCAAAGAAUGCACACAGGAGAGAAGAAAUAUAAAUGUAUUGAAUGUGGUAAAAGCUUCAGUCAGAGUGGAACCCUUGCUUUCCAUCUAAGAAUUCACACAGGGGAGAAACCAUAUAAAUGCCUGGAGUGUGGAAAAAGCUUCAACAAUAGUGGAAACCUUACUUGCCAUCGAAGAAUACACACCGGAGAAAAACCAUAUAAAUGCCUAGAGUGUGGAAAAAGCUUCAGCAAUAGUGGACACCUUACUCGUCAUCAAAGAAUGCACACAGGAGAGAAAAAAUAUAAUUGUAUUGAAUGUGGUAAAAGCUUCAGUCAGAGUGGAACUCUUGCUUUCCAUCUAAGAAUUCACACCGGGGAGAAACCGUAUAAAUGCCUGGAGUGUGGAAAAAGCUUUAGUUGCAAUGGAAGCCUUACUUCCCAUCAAAGAAUUCACACAGGGGUGAAAUCAUUUCAAUGCCAGGAGUGUGGAAAAAGCUUCAGUCAUCGUGGAAGUCUUAAAUAUCAUCAAAGAAUUCACACAGGGGAGAAACCAUAUAAAUGCUUGGAGUGUGGAAAAAGCUUCAGACACCGUGGAACCCUUACUUUCCAUCUAAGAAUUCACACAGGGGAGAAACCGUAUGAAUGUGAGGAGUGUGGGAAAAGCUUCAGUCGUGGUGGAAGCCUUAUUUCACAUCAAAGAAUUCAUACAGGAGUGAAACCAUUCCAGUGCUUAGAGUGUGGAAAGAGCUUCAGGCAGGCCUCUCACCUUAGUCAACACCGAAGAAUUCACACAGGGGUGAAGCCAUAUAAAUGCCUGGAGUGUGGGAAAAGCUUCAGUAAGAAUAGAAGCCUUACUUCCCAUCAAAGAACUCACACAGGGGAGAAACCAUAUAAAUGCAUGGUCUGUGGAAAAACCUUUGAGAAAAGUGAUUCCCUUGCUACCCAUCAAAUAAUUCACUCAAGGGAGAAACAAUAGUAAUGCCUGGAGUGUGGAAAGAUAUUACGUCCAAGCAAAUUGGAUUAGAGCCAAAAGAAAUGCAAUGUAACUUUAUAAUACACUCAACAUAACACAGGAAGAAUGUGUGAAAUGUUUUGCAAU